AUGUCCGAAUCCUUCGCCAUCCUCCGCCAACGCCGCUCCGACGAGCUAGCCAAGCUCGCCGACGAACACCUCCAACACGACCUCCAAUCCGCUGACCGGGACAAGCUCAACGCAGCAGCAUCUUCAAUCUCCCUGUGGACAACAGUUGGCUCUGCGGUCGGGGUGAGUCUUGGUCUCCUAGCCGCCAUCCGACUGCGCAGUACGCGCAAGGCGUUCUUCUCUGCUAUUCGUGCGCAGGAGAGGCCUACAAAGGUUGUUUUUGAGGAUGGGAGGACCGAGUCUAUUCCUGACCUCACGCCGUUGUUGAAGCCCACUACUUUGGGUGAUGUCGCCACUUAUUUCUUUGCUUCCGCUGGAGGAUUAUUUUUGGGUGGAGAGCUUGGCUUUGCUGGUGGUGCGGCGAAAGGGACAAGGAGUAUCAAUGCGGAUCCGGAGAGCAAGAAGAGAAUUGAAACUGCUUUCAGGAGAUUUCGGGCUGAUGUUUUACGGAAACAGGCCGAUGCAUUGGAUAAGGGGGAGCAGGAUCACAGUCUGUUCUAA